AGUCAAGUGCUCAACAGAGGCAGAGUUGACCUAUGGCCGACCAGAAUGGUUCCUCUCUGGAGCUCAGCUUCCUGCAAUACCAGUUCACGAAGGAGACGACAAACUUAUUAACCACAAUCAUAUCAUCUGUUGUGCUGUCCAUCUCCCUGCUCUUCAUCUCCCUGAACCUCGUCAUGUUCCUUGCCAUACGAAGUAAACCCAGCUUCCAUGAGACUUCCCGCUAUAUUCUCUUUGGCCAAAUGCUCCUCAGUGACUCCAUCCAUCUGGGAUUCGCCACAUUCCUCUACUUAUGCAACCUGAUUAAACUCAGCCUCAUGAAGGUCCUCUGCUCCAUGAUCGUCCUGGUAAGCAGCACAACUUUCCGCAUCUCCCCCCUGACGUUGGCUGUCAUGUGUCUGGAACGCUAUGUGGCCAUUUGUUUCCCACUCCGACACACUGACAUCGCCACCCCCGGAAGAACCAAUGUUGCCAUUGCAGUGGUCUGGUUCCUAGGCUCCGUGAACUCUGUGAUUGAUGUUAUUUUUUUAGCAGCCACAGAUGGCGAGUUCCUAACCAAAAAUAUUUACUGCACACAUGAGUCCCUCUUUCUGGCCAAGUGGCAGUUUGAUGUGUUCCAGGGCUUCAACGGAUUUUUCUUUGUUGCCGUGGGGAUCAUCAUCAUCGGCACCUACACAGGCAUCAUGAUCGCAGCCCGGUCCAUCAAGGCCAAAAAGGCCAGCAGGACGGUUCUCCUUCACCUGGUCCAGUUGGGCCUCUGUCUCACCUCCUUCCUAUAUAGCAGCAUUGAGAGAGCCCUGUCCACAGUCACCUUAGCUUCCUUUAAAUUCCCGCGCUACCUGAACUUCCUUUUCCUCCUCCUCCUGCCCCGCUGCCUGAGCCCCCUCAUCUAUGGACUGAGGGACGAAGGAGUUCGCCCCCUCUUCCUCUCUUACCUCCGCUGUGGUCACUGGAGGAUAAAACCAGCUAAACAUUAACAAAUAUUAACAGCCUGUCAAAAUGCAGGACAAAAAAAUUUAGUAUUUUAGAGCCUAGUAUUUUAUCUGAAUUUAAAUUAUAGAUACUAUAGUCCCAGUGCUGUGGGGAGUAAGCGAGGCACCAUCGGUCGGGGUAGUGAGGCAGGUAAUCAUCCUGAGGCAGGUAAUCAUCUUUGAUCGUCUCAUUUUAUCAGGUCUUUGUUGCCGGUGUUUCUUCUUGAGGGUGUCUGUCUUAUUUUCCUAUUUUUCCCCAGACUUUGGAUCAAGUGAGCAAAGACCGGUAACGUUUUUUUUGUUUGUUUGUUUGUUUUUUUAACCGCAAAAGAGCACAGCCCUGUAUCAAGUCCUUAGAUUUAUUCUGAGUUCUGGGACACUAUUUGUGUUUUUUUUUUACCGUGCUCUGUAUCUGUGUAAUUGCUUUUGUUUCUUUGUCUGUUGUUGUGCUUUAAUAUGUGCAUUUUUAAGAGAAUAUAAAAUCGGACAAACAUAACGCUGAUGUUUGUUUUAUCAGGGUCUCAUUUCCCCAGUUGAAACUGGUGUUUGCUGAGACACUAUUUAGGGGCAAUGCAAAGACUUCUUCUAAUAACAGAGAAUGUUAAAACGCUAAAUACGCUGUAAGUCGUGACAAGAUAAUUAGCCAGGGUUAUUUUAUCAUUAUGUUAUUAUCCUCUCAAUAGUGAUGUGAGGGGCUGGUUGUCACUUCCAGUGUACAUGCCUCUCUUUCAUAUAUGUCUCAUAUCAAA